GCUGCGCCGUUGGAAUAAGAUGCUGACAGUUUUUCAACAAAAGUAUAUCGCAAUUAUGACGGACUUUUGCUUUGUCAUUGAAAAACAAUAUGUGAAAGAGUUAAGGUCACUCUUGAAGCAACUCCAGGUAAAUGAUGAUACCAGGCGUCUGCAGAGUAUUGCGAUGACAGGCAAGGUGGCUAUUCCAUUCCGAACCAAGACGCAACAAAAGCCAGAGGAAGUUCUUGCCAUAGUUAGGAGUACACUUGCUGCGAGUACUUGUAAUGAAAAUGUGCCCUAUAUUCAGGUGGAACCAAGGCAACUUCCCCUUGUUAAGAAACUGUUGGUGAAGUCACCGCUUCAAGUUUUGAAAGGAAGACUACAGAAACUUGUCUCAGACAACGGUGAGGCCUGGACACCAGACUUAGAGACAGAUUUACCCACUCACUGGGAACGCCAUGGAGACCUGGCACUUGUACCAGACACAGCAUUCUGUCUUCCUAUCUGGAGUAACAUUGGAGGUGAGGUAUGGCACUGUGUUGCAGACAGCCUUUCAUGUACCCGACUGGCACGGAAGUCCCGUGUAUUAAAAGAUGGAUUUCGGAGACCGUCGGUCACUCUACUCUACGGGGAUAAUGGAUGGGUGAAGCAGGUCGAUAAUGGAAUCAGAUACAGCUAUGACAUCACCAGGUGCAUGUUUAGUGCAGGAAACAUCACUGAGAAACUCAGGGUGGCCUCGUUUGACUGCAGAGGGGAAACUGUGGUCGACCUCUAUGCAGGUAUCGGCUACUUCACGCUGCCCUUCUUGAUGUACACGGGUGUGGCCCAUGUGUAUGCCUGUGAGUGGAACCCAGAUGCUGUCGAGGCAUUGAAGCAGAACCUGCGACUUAACAAAGUGCAGGACAGUUGUACAGUAUUAUUUGGGGACAAUAGAAAGGUGUGCCCAGUGGGUGUGGCAGAUAGAGUGAACCUUGGCCUGAUCCCCAGUUCCCGUGAUGGAUGGCCUGUAGCUUGCCGGGCUCUUAAGCCCACUACUGGAGGAAUACUUCAUAUACACCACAAUGUCAACACCAUGUCCAGACAGGUGGGGGUCACAGAUAUGGGCUGUGUUCAAGACCAUACAUGGGAACAAUUAGAUAAUGCAGGGUACAGUAGGAAACACACUAAGUUAAAAUCAGAUGACUGUUGUGGGCACAAUAUCAACACCAGACACAGACAAGUUGGCUUAGACACAGGGAAAAUUGAAGACAAAGGUGUGCUACUGAAUUUGGAUGACAAAGGGACUCAUAAGUUAAAAUGUGGUAAUAGUUUAGAAGAAGAUGAUAAAGUUCAGUUGGCAGAUGAAAGAUUGUGUCACCAUUUAACCUGUGACUCUGCUGCUUUGAAUGAUACAUGUCGAUGUGCUUUGUCGUCGGGUAACAGUCUUUCCUACUCUGAUUGUCAAUGCAAUAACCAUCAGCCUGUCCAGUGCAAAAAUACACCUGAUCAUGCAUGUAGUGGAAGUAAAAUCUGUCACCAAUUGACUGCCACGAAAAAUAAUCACAGACUAAAUAAUCGCCAAACAAAUACAACGGUCCAUCAAAACUUGGAAAUGAAAUCUAUAUGUACUGGCAAAGGUAUCCGUGUCCAAAAUGGUCGCACCAAAACAUACAUAGAUCAUGACAAGAAUGGGCCUGUGGACACGUUUCUCAGGGAAGACAAGUAUGCCUUUCAAGGAAAUCACAGAGAUGAGAAUGGGACUGGACAUUCAGACGAUGGUGGGGAAGGGAGUCGGUCCGGUGAGGCUUGGAAGGGUUGGGCAAUUGAGACGUCAGGAGAGAUUCGGACACUGCUGGAGAGGGAGCAUGGCGGGGUGUGGAGGAGCCAGGUAUUGCAUGUGGAGCAUGUGAAACAGUACGCUCCCCAUGUCCACCAUCUUGUUCUGGACUUGAAAUGUACUCCAAACACUAGUGGGAACAACAAUUCAAUAUUUGAAUGAUUUACAUGUGUACAUACAGAUAUGUGACAUUUUUUGUACAUAACCGUGGUGUAUCUACUUUAUCUAUGUAACAUUGUAACCGUGUAACUAAGUGAGCUAAUUGAAUUGAUCAAACUUGAAAAUCUACAUCAGUUUUGAAAAAUUCUUUUGUAAAAUGUUGUAACAUGGGUCCAAUGGGAUUUAUAAAUAUUAAAUCUGAAAAUACUA